CUGAAAACUAGAAUUUUUUUUAAACUUGCUGUGAUUGUGUGCCCUGGCGUAGGAAUAAUUUUACUUUUUCAGGAUAAUCUCGACCACUCACGAUACACCGUACACACGUCAGCCGGACAUCUUUCAGUGCAAAGCACUAUUUACUCGCCGAUAGUGCUCACGACCUUGAACAACACUUCUAUUCCGCCUUCAGUCAAUAUUCCACCUCUUCCAUGUAAUCUCCAGUUGCUUACUGUUCGGCCGCUGUCUGAUAACAGACGCCUUCUGACAAUAUUCAACCAUGGCGAUCGCAUGGCGCACACGAUGCUUAAUGAAUGCGGAGUUGAUCUGGAGCCAUUUUUGCGUGCUUACUUCGAAUCGAUGAAUGUCAAGAAGGUCCAAGAAACGGAUUUGGCUGGCUUAGAUGACUCAGCACCAGUGUUUAAUGCGAGCACCUACGUUCCACAUCUGAAACCAUUCAAAUUCCUGUCACUGCUGCUGACAGUAUAG